AUCACUUUUUAGUAGCAGUCAUCCAACUAUGGAUUACAGUAACCUUUACAUUUUCUUGUCUACACUACUUGCCAUCUUCACUACUACUACUCUUGCAUUCCUUUUUUCUGCUUACAAGUCAAAAUCCCAUGAAAAAUCCAUUAAUCUUCCCCCAGGCAGCUUUGGGUGGCCGAUUAUCGGCGAAACCUUUGCCUUCCUACACGAUGACCAUGAAAAAUUUGUAGGGGAUAGGAUGAAGAAAUACUCCUCUAAAAUCUUCAAAACCAAAAUACUAGGUGAGCGAACCGUGGUGUUAUGUGGCACUGCCGGUCACAAAUUUGUGGCUUCCAACGAAGAAAAGCUCUUUGCAGCAUGGAGACCUCACUCAAUGCAAAAGCUCUUUCGUUCUUCAUACCAAAAAGCUGCUUCCACCAUCAUGCCAAGACAAAUGGAAAAGCAUGUAUCUCAGGCACCAGGGUUUCUGAGAGCCGAAGCCCUGGUUGGCUACGUGGCAGCGAUGGAUUCCAUGGUUCUCGACCACCUGAAAACGCACUGGGAUGGCAAACAGGUGGUCGAGGCUCAUCGCCUCACGCAGCUACUCGUUUUGACUCUCUCGGCCAAGUUCUUCAUGGGACUCGAAGACAGUUGUCGUAUUGGUAAGCUUGUGGAGUUGAUGGACACCAUGAUGCUGGCGCUUCACACUAUUCCUGUGAAUAUUCCGGGGACUGCAUUUCAUAGAGCAAUGAAAGCAGCGCCGGCUGCGAGGGAGAUUAUUCAGUCAUUUGUUAAGGAGAAGAAAGAAGUUAUGGAGUCUACCGGAAACAAAAUGCAUGAUCUUUUGUCUUAUAUGAUUGCUACGCCAGACCCAACCGGAAGGUUCAUGCCGGAGAAUGAAAUUGCUGAUAAAAUUAUGGGGAAUGUGGCCGCUUCGUUCAACUCUCCAGCUAUGACUACUACUUUUAUCGUGAAGUUCCUGGGCGAAAGACCUGACAUAUAUGACAAAGUCCGAAUUGAACAACUGGAGAUUUUGAAGUCCAAAAAAUCUGGCGAGGCACUCAAUUGGGAUGAUAUGCAAAAAAUGAAGUAUUCGUGGAACGUAGCCCUGGAGGCGAUGAGGCUCAUACCACCUCUUCAGGGAACAUUUAGAGAGGCUGCAACAGACUUCACUUACCAAGGUUAUACAAUUCCUAAAGGAUGGAAGGUCUACUGGACAGUGAGCACCACAACCAUGAACCCUGAAUAUUUUCCAGCGCCAGAAGAGUUUGACCCCUCAAGGUUCGAGAAAGCAACUCCUCCGCCUUACACAAACAUCCCAUUCGGGAGUGGUCCUCGAAUUUGCCCCGGAAAGGACUACGCUCGUCUGCAAAUUCUUAGUUUUAUGCACCAUCUUGUUAUAAGAUUCAAAUGGGAACUUGUGAACCCUAAUUGCAAGAUCACAGGUGGUAUGAAUCCCUUUCCAGUUGAUGGGCUGAAGGUUCGUCUCCAAGCUCAACCCAGUCAAGCUUAAGUUGUACUACGCACGUACGUAGAGCGAGCUGUAUGCAUUAAGCAUCUAGACAUCCUUAUAAUGGAUAUUAAGUAUAUAUAAAUACGUAUAUGCAUAAUAAACACCACUCUGGCGUAAAAGCUUGACUUAUAGUCAAUGGCACUCCGUUUUACUGGUUGUCCUAAAAUAUGUUUCUCUUAAUUAUGUUCAUCCACAUAAGGACAGUUUCGGAUGCAGUAGUAUACUGUAUGGGCUGUCUAUUGAGAUGUUUAUCAUACACUCAUUUUAUAUAUAAUAUAAUCAAAACUACAAUCUUA